AUGUCGUAUCACGUGCCGUUGGAGACGUCAACAAAGCACCAAUGGUUUUACUCAUGUGAAGAAUUCAACGACUCGUUCGCGAAUGAUUCAAAUGCGACUAUUUCUGUUUCACGAUUGUACGACCGCGUCUCAGAUUGUGAAAAUGCAGAGGAUGAAAGCAACUACAUUGACAAAAUAUGUCAUCCGACAACAGAACGGUGCUGUUCAGAUGGUGAGUGCAUUGACAGAAACAAAGUUUGUGACGCGUAUGAGGAUUGUAGAGAUGGGAGUGAUGAAGAUUUGGCGAUGUGCAGAUUUUUUGGGUGUUCUAAGAAUGCCUUUCUUUGCUAUUCAUGGGAUUGCAUAGCAGACCUCCGUGUUGGGGACGGCCAGAUUGAUUGCCAAGGGCUUUCCAUGGAAGACGAAGUAGAGUUGUAUGCUGAAGUUUGCGGCGCGGAUGAAGUGAAAAGCCCGUCUUCUGAUCAUUGUAUACCGAGGGAUAUAAUAUGUAUGUAUGAUAAGGACAAGUACGGUUACGUUGUUGGCUGUAGAGAUAUGUCGCACCUUGGAAAUUGCAAAGAAUUCCAGUGUCCGGGGAUGUUCCAGUGUUCAGCCGGUUACUGUAUACCACAAGAUAUGGUCUGUGAUGGAACUUGGGACUGCGCGGACGGACAGGACGAGCAGGCGUGUUCUGACCACAUCAGCUGUCCUGGGGCAUUAAAAUGUGGAGGCCAAGAGGAGACGAUCUGCAUUAAUCAACAUGACGUCUACGACGGUGUCGUUGACUGCAAACACUCACGGGAUGAUGAAAAGUUUUGCGACAUUCUUCCAUGCGAUGGCGGGUGCCGGUGUGUCGGCCAUGUUGUUGACUGUACCUCGGCAAACAUGUCGGGUGUUCCAACAAUGUCAGGGUCGAUCCGAGCAGCUUUGUUUGCAAACAAUCGUCUGCAACUGACUCCAGCAACAUUUGAUGACUUCCACCUGAUCGCGUAUUUGAAUCUUUCUCGUAAUGAGUUAGAGACGCUAACGAAUGGAACAUUCAAGAAUCUGGCCAAUUUUCUCAGCCUUGAUCUAAGCUAUAACCAAUUGACCAGUCUGGUACCUGGAAUGUUCGCAGGACUGACGCAAGUACACCAGCUUGAUCUAAAUGGCAAUCCCAUUAGCGCCAUUAAAGCUUUUGCUUUUACCGGCUUGGACAGCCUGCUUCGUUUAGACCUUGGGAAUUUCAAUCUUGGAUCACUUUGGGAGAACGCAUUUCGAGGUCUAACGAAUCUUAAAUACCUCUCAGUGACUAAUUCCAAACUAAAGCGCAUUCACGUAGGUGCGUUCAAUGGCUUCUCUCAACUACUCGAACUUGACAUAAGGUAUAAUCUAAUUGAAUUAAUUCUUGCAGAGGAUUACCAGGGCCUAUCUUCGUUUGGCGAACUCACCCUUCACACGGACGUGCUACGCUUCUGUUGUGCUGCACUGGUGGCGGGUAUCACCGCUGAUGAUCUCUGCACACCAGGUCCAGAUUGUUUCUCCUCCUGCUCCGAUCUUCUGGAUUCAUAUUUCUUCACCAUCACCUACUGGAUGUUUGGCAUCACAGCGGCGCUGGGAAACCUUUUCGUAAUCAUCUGGAGAAGCUGUAAAGAAAAGACCGAAAUUGUGAAUCUGCUGAUCUUAAACUUGGGUCUCUCUGACUUUUUGAUGGGGCCUUAUCUCCUUAUUGUUGCGGUUGCCGACCAUAUUUACUCGGGGAAAUAUGCUUACUUUGAGUCUAUGGCUGAAUAG